GAGCAUGAAGGAGGGCACAUUAUGACCAAGACAAGAGGGGAUGUAGCUUCUAUUCGAGUUCUAGUUUGAGAGCAGCUGCUUCUAGUCCUACUGGAGAUACAUGGCUUGAAAUGAUCGAUGUCUGCUGAUGCCAGUGACGGCAGGAACUGAUUCCAGAUCCUCGAAAGUUUGCAGUUUGCUGAGCGUCUAGCAGAGGUAGGCCAUGUCACACAUCAACACCACCGAGCUGCAGUCGCUCCUGCUCUCCUUCCUGCAGCACUGCCUCAACAGCACAAAUAUAAUGUCUCCACAAAUACCUCAAAACUACACUACCCAGCAGGCCGCGCACCACGUGGCCGAAGCCAGGGCCCACGCUCAGUCUCAGGGCAUGAUGUAUAUCCUUCUGGUGGUGGGCAUGUUCAGCUUCUUCACAUUCGGCAUCAUGCUCAGCUACAUUCGCUCCAAGAAGCUGGAGAGCUCUCACGAUCCGUACCACCAGUACAUUGCCCACGACUGGACCAAGGUGAUGACUCCGUCCAGGGCCGUCGCUCAGGUGCUGCACAGGGAAGCUGCAGGUAACGGAGCCAGCAGCAAGGAGCCCAUCGUCAUCUGCAACCCUGCAACGCUGGAGCAACUGCCGGACUAGAAUGAGACAUUCAGCUAUUCAAACAUUUCCCACAUUCAAAAAUGUAAAACUCUGUAACACAAGAUUUUUAAUUACUUUAACUUUUAAUGUCACAUAGCAACCAAAACUUAAAGUUUGUAUUUUCAGAUCAGUAAUUUUACAGAAACAACUCGUAUCAUAAAAUUGCCUCAUGUUGUAAUCUUCGUUAUUGACACGUGCAGCUCCUCACGCUUUACAGUCAUGCAACCAUGAUUGCCCAAUACUGCUCUUCCCCGGACACCUGAUGACAAUCCUGCAUAUCUGGACAAUAACAGUAGUAACACAGAGUUAAAUUGAUGGCACCAUUAUGUCUUUGAUUCAGAGUGGAUAGAAAUAAGCGAGUGAACAAGUCUGUCUGAAUUAUUGCCCCAUGGACUGUAAUGAUUGGUUUAAGUGAUAAAAACAAACAAAUAAACCACUGAUAUCAAA